AUGGGCUCAGCUACUCCAUCCCGUCUCCAGAAAUUUCCUGCCACAGCCCCCGCCGACGAGAUUUACGCGGCCUUCAAGGAAGAUGGUUGCGUUAUCAUCGAGGGGUUCGUCCCGCCGGAUCAAAUGGCCCGCUUCAGCCAGGAGAUCCAGCCCGCUAUGGAGAAGAUCCAAGUCCAGGUUACAAACGACGGCAACAGCAACGACCGCGUGAAGCGGUUCAGUAAGCUCGUCACCACAAGCCCGACAUUUCGCCACGAGAUCCUUGAGAAUGACCUCAUGCACGAACUCCUCCAGCGCGUCUUUAGCAAGCCCGGCGAGGGCAUGGGCUACCACUUCAACGACACAAUGGUCAUCGAAGUGCAACCGGGCGCCCCCGCGCAGCGCCUCCACCGCGACCAGGAGCUCUACCCGUGGUGGAACUCCAUGGGCCCAGAUGCUCCCGAGUGCCUCGUCAACUUCUUCUGCGCCGUAACUCCUUUCACCGUAGAGAACGGCGCCACCCGUCUCGUCCCGGGCAGCAACCGUUGGCCGGAGCUCACGCUGAUCAACGCGACCGAUUGUCCGCAGUACGGCAAGAUCGAUUCUGUGCCUGCCAUAAUGCAACCUGGUGAUUGCUAUAUGAUGAGUGGCAAGGUGAUUCACGGAGCCGGCCACAAUGCGACGCUUUCGGACCAGCGCCGCGCGCUGGCGUUUUCCACGAUCCGCCGAGAACUACGCCCUGUGCAGGCGUUUCCGUUGUGGAUUCCGAUGCAAAUUGCUACAGAGUUGUCGCCGCGCACGCAGGCGAUGUUUGGGUUCCGCAGUUCAACCCAGCAUUGUGAUGUUGAUACGGUGCACUUUUGGGGUAACGAUGGGAAGGAUAUUGGGGAGCAUCUUGGCUUGAUCUCCAGCGCUUAG